AUGCACUCCGUUUCAAAUCGACACCAUCUCGGUCUUUGCGGCAAGCGUGUCUCCCGAGACCGAGCAGCCCAGCCUCCCGAUAUCCUCGAGAAGGGCCCCCACGCCCGGUUCUGCUCGGCACAACCCAAUAUCCCCGCCGCCCCCCGUGACCCCCGAUCUUUCCGAUCCGACCCUCCUGGCGUCGUCACUCCGGAGGCGAACGGGAGCCUAGAAACAGAUUACACAGCAGUCAGCACAAAGUACCUCGGUUACGAGCCAUUUCACUGCACUUUCAGGCUUGCUUGCAAGCCGGCGCAAACAUGGAAACAGACACUAGUUACCUUUGUUGCAGGCAUCCAGCUCCUCACGUCUGACAAUGGACUUGUUGCUCCAACAGGUUCCAUUGUGCCGCAAGUCAGCAUUUCCCCUGCCCUAUAUCGCCCCAUUAUUGUCACCUGCCAUAUCACCUGCCACGUCCCCGUCACGCAUACGUCGUUUUAA